AUGGAAUGCUCAGCCGGUGGCCAUUUCCCUGGACAGCGCUUGUCCGGACCACAGGAGUUGCUGGAGGGACAGGUUCUUCACAAGAGGUCAUGCGGCAACAAGCUCUUGUUCCUCGAGCUCGGGGCAGCGCAGCAACCCAAGAACUCUAUGCAAUUGCCUGCCAGCGCACAGAGCCGGGAAGCCAUUUUCUCGUUUGAAGUCUAUGGAACAGAGGUGCGGGAAGUAAGGAAACAGGUUUCUGUGGGAGAUACCGUUUCAUGCAAAGGUACCUGGAGAUCCUGUGGUAGGAUUUUAGACGUGUUCUCUUAUUCCAUGCUGUGUCGCUGGGCAGAUGUGGGUGGUGGAGAAACAUUUGCAGCACCUGAUGCUCGCAAAGCUGACGAGAUGGGCCACGGCCUUGCAAACACCAAGAUGCCGCAAUCAAGCAAUGACUGCACGAUUGGCGGGGUACCGCAGCCUCCUCCGGUACCUGAUUCGACAGCACGGAGAAGAGCUUUGUGCAAGUUCUGGAUGAGCAACGGAAUCUGCAGACGGACCCAGUGCAACUGCUACCAUCCAGAGGGAGAUGACUUGAAAGCUGCCAGGGUGCGCUGGCGCCAGGAGCAACUCCAGCGUGCAGCAUCUAACGCGCAGCCGGAUGAUCCACAUCCGAAACAAGAAAAGAAAGGCCAUGCUGCUCGUGCAGCUGUUUUUGCUGAAUGGCUGUGUGAAGUAUUCGGCGACGACAUUCUCCGCGGGGGUGUUGUAGACAUUGCUGGCGGUCGUGGAGAGCUGGCUUUUGAACUCAGCGUGAAGAGGAACAUUCCGUGCAUCGUCCUGGAUCCACGUUGCCCAGGUGCAGACCGGCCGGCGCCAUGGAACGACUGGCAUGUUUCAAGACAACAGCGUGCAUGGCUCAAGAGUCAAUUUGGGCUGCGAAGCUAUUCGGAAUGUCAAGCCCACGUCCUGGCCUGCCCUUUGAGACAGUGUCAGGUACCUGUGGAAACGGCUAUCGAAAAGGCACGGAUCUCAAUGAAGAAAUCCAGUGAGGCAUCACCCGAAUGGGAAGACUUGUGCAGCUUUCGUGUCGUGGUAGGCUUGCACCCAGAUCAAGCUACUGGAGGGGUAAUCGAGCUUGCAAAAGAACUCGGACGCCCCUUUGCCGUGGUGCCAUGUUGCACCUUUGCUGAUGAGUUUCCGGAGCGGCACCUGGAGCAACGACCAGUUCGAACUUAUGCGGAUCUCAUCGAAUGGUUGCAAGUUACGGCCGGGCCUGCCACACGCAAGGACUUCCUGCGUUUCUUCGGCAAGAACCUGGUGCUGUUCUCGAGGUAG